UCAAGUCAGUUGGGCUCGCAUCGUGCCGUUCACAGCUCCAAGUGACGCGAGCUGAAAGUCAACACGUAAUUAAUGAGUGCAAUGUUUCGGGGUUCAGUUAUUGGAUGCAUGCUAGUUAUGGAUUUUGCGCAAGCGGUCCCCUCAUCACUGGGACCUGGGCGAGGAGCGUGGGUGCUUGAGUCACCCGAAAUGUUCGGACUCACCUCAGCGCAGCUGGACAUCGCUGCAGAGCGGAUGAAGCUCGCCGCACCUGUUCGAUAUUGUUUUCUGAUGGCGAAAGAUGGGCAUUUGAUUUACGAAAAGUACUUUCACAACGCCUCUGAAACCCGAUAUGAGGCAGACAGCCUCGCAAAGACAAUGAUCGCCCAAGUUGUGGGAGUGGCUGUAGCCAAGGGCCUGCUGGAAUUGGAUAAGCCAAUCGCUGAGUAUGGGGUAAAGCCCCGGUGCUAUGCCAGUGAUCUCGAGACGAGUUCUAUCCAGGCAGCACUUGGCAGUCUGCCUCGCCUCAACGUGCCAUGGGGCACAGAGGUGGAUCAGUCGACCACUCAGACCAGCCCGCCGCAGGCUUCCUUAUGAACCUCGUGCACACUGCAGAGAGUUGCUUCGUAGCCUAUGCCCGCAUGUUGCGCCACCCUUUGAUUGCCACACUCAGUCGGAUUACCGGCCUCAGAGACCGCCUUCAUCGUUAUGCACGAGUGGAUGUUUGCAGGACGAGCUUGUCAAGUCGAGAGUCGUGGAAGCAAAUUGCACAAACGAUGCGGUUAUUUGGUGUAACUCGCCACCAGGAGCCGAUGGAUGCUGGAGAGACUGCAUUACAAAUGAUUCGUAUUAUCCCCGUGUCACAACGCGCCACCUUUUGACUCAAACAACAGGUGCGGGAUUAUAUGAGCCAGGAGAGGCGUUUACUUACGACUCCGAUAAGUACAUUGAUCAUUUAGCUUACCUUGUAUCAAAGGUCACUAACGAAAGCUCGGCAACAUGGGCCACACGAGAGUAUGCGCUGCCCAUGGGUCUGCCACCAGAUCUCUUUGCCUAUGAUGGCUUCGUAGAUCCAGAUGAUGGCCCUGAGUUUUCCCCUGGCGGCGGUCAGAUGAUGAGCUGUCGGGACCAUCUGCGCGUAUCCCAGCUUCUCAUCAAUAAAGGCCGUUGGGCAGAUGAUGACGGUCUCUUCCAAGCUCCGCCUGGCACGAGGAAGUGGCGCCAGUUGCUCACGGAAGAUUUCGUUGAGCAGUUCCUUGCGCCGAGUUUCCCCGCCGUCAGUGUUGGCUACGGCUUCCUGGUAUGGCUGAAUCGGCCAGCUAGCAUUCAAACAUGUUGCGCACCUCGCUGGGGUGAGACAGUUCUGCAAGGCUGCGACGUUUCGAGGAGUGACCGGAAAGAGUGGGAGAGGUCGUGCGUUGUGCACACCUGUCGGAGCAGUACAAUUGAGGGCCAUAUCAUCGGCGAUGGGUUGACUUCUGAAUCUGCACCCGCUGACUUGGCGCUUGGGAUGGGCCAAUCUGCCAAAUAUAGCAUGACGAUUCCAUCUCAGGGCCUGGCGGUUGUGAGCUUGGGCCUCUCAUGGGGUUCGAGCUCUCAGUGCCCCCUCGGCAAAGUUGACGCAGGCGGCAGCAUGAUGGGUAAUGGUACUCGCUUGCCAAGAGGAACGUUGGUAAAUGCAUCUGGAUAUGAUGAUGCGUUCACAGCAACACAGGUCUGGCGUGCCUUUGGCAACAUAACGCAGCUUAUGCGGGAUGACGCUGAUCUUGGUUCUGGUGCCGAUCCUGUGUUUGUAGUGGAAGCUCACAGAGGGACGUCUAAGUGGUCCUCGUAUACUUGGCCGAGCGAUGGGCGCAAUGGUUUGGGCGGGGAUGCUGCUCCUACCAGUGUUUCUACACACAACGGCGACGGUGGGGCGUGCUAUUGUUAUUGUCCACCCUCAAUGGGUUUUGGAGUGUGCUUCAACAUGAACCUUGGCACAACGCCUGGGGAUUGCUCAUCUGCCAUCCCUAAGGCUGCGGACUACUGCCCAGCACAUGGACAACCACGGCAGUGCAGCCCGCAUCCGAGUCCAUCUGAUACAGAUUGCGAGGAUGUGCACCUCGAUGGGUUGAAUUGCACGCUAAGCUCAGCUUGCGCUGACAUGCCAGAAGGAGGAUCGCAUGGGUUGCCACCUUCCGAUCUUGCUUUGAAGUAUGCCACAUGUUUGUGCCGACCAUCAUCUUUUUCAUCAUGUUAUUGGACGUCCACUGUCUGCGAGUAUACACCCUAUUUCCCACCUGCCAGCCCAUCCGCGUUGAUUGUGUGAUGAUUGGUCGUAGCUCCGGAAUCAGGAAGUAUGGUUGGCUUUGGUCGUGUGUUACGCCAUGUUCUUGAGCACCCGUGUGAAGGGAGUUUUCGAGCCAUACCUCUAUGGGUUCUAAGCAGCACGUCCUCAGCGAGAGCGCGUCAGUUUUGGCUGAAGACCUUUUGCCCUCCUGCGUAGCACAGCGCCGACCCGCCCCUCGCAGCAACGUUGACCUGCACCUUCCUCAGCGCGUGCGUGAACAGGAACUGAGAUCCGAGGGUGGAAUCCGCUGGCGGACGCAACUUUCGGACAACUACCGUCUGCGCCUCCUGCCGAGACCUGUCACGCAUGGCGCUGCCUCUUUGUUUUUUUGUUCGUGCUCCAUCCGCCCAGCAGCGGCGAGCCUCUCCGACGGGAGCGCAACAUUCGAACUUUCAUGGGUCGUCCGUGGGGCGGGUGGCGGCCGGCAGAGCCUCGCAACGCAAGCAGCAUGACAAUAAAACGUUUGUCCUCUCUCCUGGAGUAUCUGCGAAAGUGGAGGCCAGGAGUGGUGACUGGGGACUGGGGCCUCAGCGGUGCCUGCCAUUGUCUGCACUGACCGCCCAAAGCGUCCAUCCUUCCCCACCCGCAGACCUCCCGACCGGCCCACCCUGCGUUCCGCG